CAGUUGCUUUGGAGUGCAGAACCAUUUCAGACAUGCUGAGGAGGACUCUGCUGUGCGCGGUGCUCGGGCUUCUGCGCGCCCAGCCCUUCCCCUGUCCGCCGGCCUGCAAGUGUGUCUUCCGGGACGCGGCGCAGUGCUCGGGGGGCGACGUGGCGCGCAUCGCCGCGCUGGGUCUGCCCACCAACCUCACGCACAUCCUCCUCUUCGGAAUGGGCCGCGGCGUUUUGCAGAACCACAGCUUCAGUGGCAUGACCGUCCUGCAGCGCCUCAUGCUCUCCGACAGCCACAUUUCCGCCGUUGCCCCCGGUGCCUUCAAUGACUUGGUAAAACUGAAAACCCUCAGGCUGUCGCGCAACAAAAUCACUCAUCUUCCAGGUGCGCUGCUGGAUAAGACGGUGCUCCUGGAGCAGUUGUUUUUGGACCACAAUGCGCUAAGGGGCAUUGACCAAAACAUGUUUCAGAAACUGGUUAACCUGCAGGAGCUCGCUCUGAACCAGAAUCAGCUCGAUUUCCUUCCUGCCAGUCUCUUCACGAAUCUGGGGAACCUGAAGUUGUUGGAUUUAUCGGGAAACAACCUGACCCACCUGCCCGAGGGAUUGCUUGGAGCACAGGCUAAGCUUGAGAGACUUCUGCUCCACUCGAACCGGCUUGUGUCCCUGGAUUCGGGGCUGUUGAACGGCCUGGGUGCCCUGACGGAACUGCAGCUCCACCGAAAUCACAUCCGUUCCAUCACACCCGGGGCCUUCGACCGGCUCCCAAACCUGAGUUCUUUGACUCUUUCGAGAAACCACCUUGCGUUUCUCCCCUCUGCGCUCUUUCUUCAUUCGCACAAUUUGACUCUGUUGACUCUGUUCGAAAACCCGCUGGCAGAGCUCCCGGGGGUGCUCUUCGGGGAGAUGGGGGGCCUGCAGGAGCUGUGGCUGAACCGCACCCAGCUGCGCACCCUGCCCGCUGCCGCCUUCCGAAACCUGAGCCGCCUGCGGUCCUUAGGGGUGACUCUGAGCCCGCGGCUGAGCGCGCUCCCGCAGGGCGCCUUCCAGGGCCUGGGCGAGCUCCGGGUGCUCUCCCUGCACUCCAACGGCCUGACCGCCCUCCCCGACGGCUUGCUGCGCGGCCUCGACCGGCUGCGCCAGGUGUCCCUGCGCCGCAACAGGCUGCACGCCCUGCCCCGCGCGCUCUUCCGCAAUCUCAGCAGCCUGGAGAGCGUCCAGCUCGACCACAACCAGCUGGAGACCCUGCCUGGCGACGCGUUUGGGGCUCUGCCCCGGCUGAAGGAGGUCCUGUUGGGGCACAACCCCUGGCGCUGCGACUGUGGCCUGGGGCCCUUCCUGGGGUGGCUGCGGCAGCACCCAGGCCUCGCGGGCCUGGAAGAGCCCCCGCGGUGCGCAGGCCCUGGGAAGCUCGCCGGCCUGCCGCUCUGGGCCCUGCCGGGGGCUGACGCGGAGUGCCCCGGCCCCCGGGGCCCGCCUCCCCACCCCGCUGCGGACAGCUCCUCGGAAACCCCUGUCCAUCCAGCCUUGGCUCCCAACAGCUCAGAACCCUGGAUGUGGCCCCAGCCCGUGGCCACGGGCGAAUAUCAAGAUCAUAGCCCGUUCUGGGGGUUUUAUUUUCUGCUUUUAGCUGUUCAGGCCUUGAUCACCGUGAUCAUCGUGUUUGCUAUGAUUAAAAUUGGCCAGCUCUUUCGAAAGUUAAUCAGAGAGAGAGCUCUUGGUGAAGUCAAUGGGAAAGUCUUCUAAUUAUUCAGAAUGUGGCUCGGAGGGGAAUCCAGACCGGCUGCUGCUGUCUUGCUCUCCGUCCCCUCCCCACUCUUCAUUCUCCCUCUUCUCUCCCACUGCCACGCCUUCCUUUGCCUCCUCCUCCCCCUCCCCGCUCGGCGCUCUGCGUUCUCACGGGUCCGCAAUCCCUCCUCUCUCUGUCCGCCCCGCCCCCUCCCCCGCCCUCCUCGAAACUAAGCUUUACAUUUGUGACCUUUGGUUGCCUGCCCUCUCCAGCUGCCUCCCGCUCGGGUGUGCGCUGACACUGCUGGGGGCGCUGGAUUGUGUUGGGCCCAUCCUUGCCCGGCUGUGCCUGGCUUGGCGUCUGGUGGAGAGAGGGGCCUCUUCGGUGUCUGCUGAGUAAGGGGACAACUCCAGGCCGGGGCCUGUCUCCUGCGCAGAGUAAGCCGGUAAAUGUUUGUGAAAUCAAUGCGUGGAUAAAGGAACACAUGCCAUCCAAGUAAUGAUGGCUUUUCCUGGAGGGAAAGGAUAGGCUGUUGCUCUAUCUACUUUUUUUUUUUUUUUUUUUUUUGAGACAGAGUCUAGCUCUGUCGCCCAGGCUGGAGUGCAGUGGUCCGUCUCGGCUCACUGCAGCCUCGGCCUCCCAGGUUCAAGUGGUUCUCAUGCCUCAGCUUUCUGAGUAGCUGGGAUUACAGGUGUGUGCCACCACACCCGGCUAAUUUUUGUAUUGUUUUAAGUAGAGACGGGGCUUCAUCCUAUUGGCCUGGCUGACCUGGUCUGAACUCCUGGCCGCAAGUGAUCUGCCUGCCUUGGCCUCCCAAAGUGCUGGGAUUGCAGGCGUGAGCCACCACACCUGGCUCUCUUUAUCGACUUUUAUUUGACAAGUAGGGCUCUUGUCGUUUUUUCCCUUGCCCCGUUUUUCUCACUUGAUGUCUCUCUGACCUAUGGGCUAUUUGGGAGAGCACUGGACUCCAUUCAUGCAUGAGCAUUGUCAGGACAGGCGACUUCUGUGAGGCUGAGAGAGGGAGAAAACACAGCCUUCCCUCCAGGUGCCCAGUGCAUGUCCAGCGCGAUUCCUGAGCCUCCUGGGAGUUUCCACUUGCUUUACAUCCAUGCAACAUGUCAUUUUGAAACUGGAUUGAUUUUCAUUUCCUGGAACUCUGCCACCUCAUUUUACAAGCUUUUAUGGAGCAGCUAACAUGUGACUGGUAUUCAUACAGGUAAUGAUAAGCUUAAUUCUAGUUCAGCUGCUGUCACAGUCUCAUUUGUUCCUCCAACUGAAAGCUGUAAAACCUUUGUUGCUUUAAUUGGAUGUCUGUGCUUGUGAGAGGCAGUGGUUAAAACAUGGGGCUGGCACGUUGACAGCUAUGGGUUCAAAUCCCAGCUCUACCACUUACUAACUGCAUGGGACUUUGGGUAAGACACCUGCUUACAUUCUCUAAGCCUUAGUUUCCUCAGCCUUAAAAAGGGAUAACACAGCACCUGCUCCGUAGAGUUUUUGUGAUAAUUAAAGGCAAUAAAGCAUAUAAUGACUGGGCCCAGUGGCCUGCAGACAAUACAUGUUAAUGAAUGCUAGCUAUUAUUACGAAAGGAUAAGCACUUAUUAUUGGCAUCAUGAUUUCUAAAGAAGAGCUUUGAGUCGGUUUUUUCUCUGUGUAUAAAGGUAAGUCCAAACUUUCUCAUACUGGAGUUUACAUUCAAAUCAGUCUGUCUUCCCCUGCAGACGGCCCCGGCCCUGUGUGGCCAGGCUCUAUGCCCACCUUCCAGAGCACGGGCUCCUCCAACACCACCCGGUGGAUGUGGAGCAGGAAAGCUGGAUCCUGACAUUUGUUUCUGGGUUCUGCAGAUGUGGGAGUUGGUUUCUGGGUUCUCCAUUGGUCUGUUUGUCUAGUCCCCUAGCAUACUCACCAUCUUCAUUAUUGGAGCUUUAAUAAUUUUUGGUAUAGGGUCAUCUCUCCACCUGAUUUUUCUUCUAUUUUUGGCUCUUUGCAAUUCUAUGAAUAUUUCAGGGUCAGCAUGUCAACUCCAUCGAGAAUUUUAAUAGAAAUUGCAGUAAAUUAGCUGGGUGUGGUGUCUCACCCCUGUAAUCCCAGCCCUU